UUUCAAACCGAACCACGAGGGUAACCUGGCACCGGCCAAGCCAAAUCGGCGGCGCCGGCCAAGCCGACGUGUCCCGCGGCCGACCUCACCCCGCACCCUCCCGCGACUCCCGAGUCGCCGUCUUCCUCCUCCCUCUCCCAUCCGCCACCAACCCUCCUCCUCCCUACUAAACGCACCAGCCAUGCUCCUCCUCAGAUCCCACCACCACCACCUCCUCUUCCACCACGCCGCCCGCCUCCUCGUCCGCCGCGCCGCUCCCGUCCCCCGCGCCGCUUCCGCCCGGCUCCGCUCCCUCCGCAUGUCGGCCUCCAAUUCCAGCGCCAGCUCCCCUGCGGCCCCGUCGCCGCCGCCGGCCCCCUUGGUGCCCAAGUCAAGGAUCCCCUUCUGCCCAGCUUGUGGAAGUCCGACGAAAUUGGCUGUACCAGAUGGGGAUGAGAAGAUGAGGGCUGUGUGUUCUUCUUGUGGAAGAAUUCACUAUGAAAACCCCAAAAUGGUUGUCGGUUGUCUUGUGGAGCAUGAUAACAAGGUCCUCCUAUGCAGAAGAAAGAUUGAACCAGCUUAUGGCCUUUGGACUCUUCCUGCUGGUUAUUUAGAGGUCGGAGAGUCCGCAGCAGAAGGAGCCUCCAGGGAAACAUUGGAAGAAGCUUGUGCAGAUGUAGAGAUACUUGCACCCUAUGCUCAGUUGGAUAUUCCGUUGAUUGGCCAAAGCUACAUUAUUUUCCGAGCAAGAAUGAAGACCCCCAAUUUCUCACCUGGAUCCGAGUCGCUUGAAUGUGCGCUUUUUGCUCUGGAUGAUAUACCAUUUGAUUCUUUAGCGUUUUCUUCAAUCAUCGUCACCUUGAGGAUGUAUAUUGAAGAUGUGAGAUCCGGAAACAUCAAAUUCCAUUAUUGCACUAUAAACAAGCGGCUCGGAGCUGGCCCUUCAGACCUUCGGAGUUUCGAUAUCGACAACCAUUUAGCUGUGUGAACUUGGGAAGAUUCGAGACCUGUAAGCCAUGGAUGAUGCGGUUACUUCCGUCACAAGACAUCUGACACCACAGUCGCAUUAGACCUGUAUUCAACCGGUCAUGAGUGAACGCUUGCAUGGCAUCUGGCCAGAUUGAGGUAGACUGUUAAGCUGCUGCUGGAAUUGUAAAUGCUUCUGUUUCUUGAAGUCCCCCAUUCACCCCUUUUUUCUUUUCUUUUCCAAGAAUGCCCUGAGCAAUGUUAGUAGAUGGUGCAUUUUGAUUUUAUUAGCGUACCAAAAAGGAUUUGUGACAUGGCUUCGCGAACUUCAAUCCAGGGCAAGUGUGGCCUUGAUGUGAUGCCAACGACAGUUUGAAACUGAAUUUUCUCGUAAUUGUUUUCUACAACUGUUGUUACAAUUAUUCAAUUACAAAGCUGAGUGUCGCAUUGCACUGCA